AUGGCUCCGACACCAAUUCAGGAGAAUCUGGUAAGCUCCAACAAGGCUUACUCUGCCAGCUUCACGCAAGGCCACCUUGCGUUACCUCCUGCGAAGAAGUAUGCUGUCGUUACAUGUAUGGACGCAAGAAUCGACCCCGCUUCAGCAUACGGCAUCUCUCUCGGUGAUGCCCACGUCAUCAGGAACGCAGGAGGAAAUGCUCGCGACGCUCUUCGCUCCCUCGUCAUUUCCGAGCAACUUCUUGGUACUCAAGAGAUCAUUCUCGUCAAGCACACCGGGUGCGGCAUGCUCACAUUUCAGAAUGAAGAUGCCACUGGCAUUGUGAAGAAAAACCUGGGGGAAGGAGCUGCUGCCGAGCUGGCUGCUUUCAAGGGAGACUUCCAGCCUUUUCCAGAUUUGGAGGCUGCUGUCAAGGACGAUGUGGAAUUCUUGAAGUCAAGCAAGUUGAUUCCGGACAGUGUUACCAUUAGCGGAUGGGUAUAUGAGGUCGAGACCGGGAAGGUCAAAAGUGUGAUUUGA